UAUAUAUAAAUCGAUCUAUAUUCCUAAUACGAUUUGGAUGAACAAUUAAUUUCCUAUAAAUAGAAUAGCAUAUUACCGGUUUAAUUCAUAAUAAUUCAUUAAUGAUCAGUAGUCAUUAAAAAUAAAUAUAAUUAAGUUGAAGUGAUCGAAUCAAUUAAGAAUGGGUGGUGGUGCAAUUAUUGAUAGUAAUAAUGGGAAAGAAUAUCCUGGAAAACUGACAUGGAGAGUUGUAUGGAGUUGCACGGUUGCUGCAUCAGGAGGUUUAAUAUUUGGUUAUGAUCUUGGAAUUUCAGGUGGAGUCACCUCCAUGGAUUCAUUCUUAAACCAAUUCUUUCCAUCCGUAUAUGCAAAACAAAAUUCAAUCACAAUCUCAGAUGAUCAAUAUUGUAAAUUCGACAGCCAACUCCUAACACUCUUCACAUCAUCACUAUACGUAGCUGCUUUGGUAUCUUCCAUUGGAGCCUCCAAAAUAACUAGACUUUUGGGAAGAAGAGUCACUAUGCUUUGGGGUGGAAUCCUCUUUCUCAUUGGAGCAAUUCUCAAUGCAUCUGCCCAAAACAUUUGGAUGCUUAUUAUUGGAAGACUCUUCUUGGGAUUUGGCAUUGGGUGUGCUAAUCAGUCUGUCCCAAUUUAUGUCUCUGAGAUGGCUCCAUACAAGUACCGUGGAGCUCUCAACAUGCUAUUCCAGCUUACCAUCACCAUUGGAAUAUUGGUAGCCAAUUUGUUAAACUACUUUUUCGCCAAGAUUGAAGGCGGUUGGGGAUGGCGCCUCAGCUUAGGCGGAGCUGCCGUGCCUGCUCUGCUAAUCAUAGCUGGAAGCUUAACCCUUCCUGACACUCCUAACUCCUUGAUUGAGCGUGGAAAACAGGACGAGGCUAAGGACCAGCUGACCAAAAUCAGAGGAGUGGCCAAUGUAGAGGAAGAGUUUAAUGACUUAGUAAGCGCAAGUGAAGCUUCAAAGGAAGUGAAACACCCUUGGAGAACUCUUUUGCAAAAGAAGUACAGACCCCAAUUAGCAUUUGCAAUUGCAAUCCCAGCUUUUCAACAACUUACGGGAAUGAAUGUGAUCACAUUCUACGCCCCUGUUUUAUUCAAGACCAUUGGGUUUGGAAGCAGCGCCUCGCUCAUGUCCGCAGUCAUCACGGGCGUAGUCAACACACUCGCCACCUUCGUCUCGAUCCUAACCGUCGAUAAGUUUGGGAGAAGGACUCUGUUCUUGGAAGGGGGAGUUCAGAUGUUCCUUUGCCAAGUUAUCAUUACAAUUGGUAUAGCAUUGAAGUUUGGUGUGAGCGGCAACCCGGGUGUUCUUCCCAACUGGUAUGCAUACGGAUUGGUGUUCUUUAUCUGUGUCUACGUGGCGGGAUUCGCUUGGUCGUGGGGUCCGUUAGGGUGGUUAGUUCCUAGUGAAAUAUUCCCUCUCGAGGUUCGUUCAGCGGCUCAGAGUGUUAACGUGUCGGUGAACAUGAUCUUCACUUUCUGUAUUGCUCAAGUGUUCACAGCCAUGCUUUGCCACCUUAAGUUUGGUCUGUUUAUUUUCUUUGCGGUGUUCGUGGUGAUCAUGACUGUGUUUAUCUACAUGUUGCUUCCGGAGACUAAGGGAGUUCCUAUUGAAGAAAUGUCUAUCGUAUGGCGUAGGCAUCCUUAUUGGCAAAAAUAUUAUGAUGAUGAUGAUGAUCAGGAACACAAAGUUGUCCCACCAAACUUGGAGAUGGUUUAAGUUGGAAAGUUUUCUUGUUUAGGUUUAGUUUAGUUGAACGUUUGUUUUUAAUCUUAGAUUUGUUAUUAGGUUUUUUCUUUUCUGGGAAUUGUUAGUGUUAGGUGAACAGUUAUUUUUGUUUAAUUAAUUUAAAAGUAUACUUAUAUAUAUAUAAGUGUAAAGACUAAUUUUGUUAUUUAAUUAGUAUAUAAUUAAUCACUGUUGAAUU